GGCAUCGCUCGCGCAGGACAGUCGGUGAAGCGAGCAGCACUCAAAGGGGUGGGCGAGCGUUCUGGCGUGUCCUUGCCUGGAUUGAGUUAGCCUGGCUCAGCCGACUUGAUCCCGACCACUGCCAUGUCUUCCCAGCACGUUCUCAACCACGACGAGAAUGUCUACAUCACCGUCACCGUCUCGCCCUCCUCUCGCUUCAUAGAGCAUCCUGAAGCUCUGUCGGUCAACCCUGCGCUCACACAUCUUGGACCGGUCGGUCAACUGCGCGACGUGCAGCUGCUCAGCGUGCCUCGGGAGAACUGGCCACGUCUGCAAGGAGAGAUCCUCGCUUCACUCAAUGGGCUGGACGGAGUGAGGAGGGUGGACGUCCAAGACACUCCUCGGACCCGAGUUAAACGUGGUGAGGAGCUGUGAGCGAGUACUACCAGAGGGCACCAUCAAUGUACUACUUCACUCUGCACCUUUGUAGAUAUCACGAUGGCCGUUGAAAUGAAUAGAUUUGAUAUCCGCAU